UAGAAAAUGAGGACUCUCGGGGUGCGCGGAGCUUUGGGCACCCCUGAGGCUGGUUGAAGUACAGCGAUGGGGACUUGUUUUGAUGCUCGAAAGCCUAAGUGUUUUUGGAUGCUGCUGUGUCUGAGGACUCCAGCUGUUCUGAUGAUAGCCUAAGAAGACUACAUGCUGUUUCCUCUCCGCAUCAAGCCAGGCCCACUCGGAACCUUGGAUCUCAGUCCUUCAUGGAGACCAGCUCCCAGCAGGAAAUUGGCACCCAGAUGGUUCCUCCGCGUGAAGUUGUCUCUGGCUGUGGGCUGACUGGAGGACACCUGGUGGCCAGGCCAGCCCUUUAUCAGUCAUCCAGGACAGGGCAGCAUGGUGCGGAUUCAGAGGAGGAAGCUUCUGGCGCCUUGCCUGUGCAUGACAGCCACUGUCUUUCUGAUGGUCACACUGCAGGUAGUGGUCGAGCUUGGGAAAUUUGAAAGGAAGAAGUUUAAAAAUUCCAAUUUGCAAGAUGGACGUAAAGAAGUGAAAGAGGAACCUAAACAUCUCAACCCCUUUCCUGGAAAGGCAGCGCUAGCCUUGGAUGUGGAGAAUGCUGUGAUGGGUGCUGGGAGCUACCCCAUUGUGUUGUGGUGGUCCCCACUGACUGGAGAGACUGGCAGGCUCGGCCAGUGUGGCGCAGAUGCUUGCUUCUUCACCAUCAACCGGACCUUCCAGCAUCAUCCCAUGACCAAGGCCUUCCUCUUCUACGGUACUGACUUGAACAUAGACAGCUUACCUCUGCCUCGGAAAGCCCAUCAUGACUGGGCCCUUUUCCAUGAAGAGUCCCCCAAAAACAAUUAUAAGCUCUUCCACAAGCCAGUCAUCACCUUAUUCAACCACACAGCCACGUUCAGCAGGCAUUCCCACUUGCCGCUGACCACCCAGUACCUGGAAGGCGUGGAAGUCCUGAAGUCACUCAGAUAUCUAGUACCUUUGCAGUCUAAAAACAACCUAAGACAAAAACUUGCUCCAGUGGUAUAUGUACAGUCAGACUGUGAUCCACCAUCAGACAGGGACAGCUAUGUUCGUGAGCUGAUGGCUUACAUUGAAGUUGAUUCGUAUGGUGAGUGUUUACAAAACAAACAUCUUCCUCAGCCACUGAAAAACCCAGCCUCCAUGGAUGCCGAUGGCUUUUACAGGAUCAUCGCCCAGUAUAAGUUUAUCCUUGCUUUUGAGAAUGCAGUUUGUGAUGAUUAUAUCACAGAGAAGUUCUGGAGACCACUGAAACUGGGGGUCGUGCCUGUGUAUUAUGGGUCCCCCACCAUCGCAGACUGGCUCCCAAGUAACAGAAGCGCCAUUCUUGUUUCCGAAUUUUCUCACCCCAAAGAACUGGCCAGUUUCAUUAGACAGCUAGAUUAUGAUGACAGAUUGUAUGAGGCCUAUGUAGAAUGGAAGCUGAAGGGGGAGAUCUCUAACCAGCGGCUUCUGACAGCUCUCCGGGAACGGAAGUGGGGUGUGCAAGACAUUAACCAGGACAACUACAUUGAUGCAUUUGAGUGUAUGGUGUGCCGCAGGGUGUGGGAAAACAGUAGGCUACAGGAGCAGUGAACUACCUCAAGGGGUGACAAUAAGGAAUACCAAUGCAACAGUCACUUCAGCGCUUCAGUGUGUUUUAUGUGGAUUAUUCACAAGAACGUUUCAAAGUGGUCUGAGAAAGUGGACAGAAAACCGACCAGAAUUUUAUGAAGAUGACUACUCAUGUUUGCCAGUAGUCUUCCCUUCUGCGCCUGAAAAUGGAGACAACUUGGACUUUGGUCGUGUAACAGACCUACUGUUUUAGAACCUAAGUUCUUACUAGCUUAAGGACUGGUUUCUAGUACCUAGAAUAUCUGUUAGGGCCAUUAUUAUUAGUAGUAACUGGAUGCAUAGUAUGUUGGUCAGAAGAAAAAGUGGAAACAAAUGUCAUUUUUCCAGUCAUACAUUAUGUAUUACACAUAUAGGAAAGCCACACAAAAUCGUAAGACCCAAAACAAACAGGUACCAAAGAAUGUCGAGAGUAUUCUUGGUUACCCUCUUAGGAUUUCUGAUAGUUCUGCACACAAUUUCAAAUGCUAUAAUGACACUGAACUGGUCCCAUGAUAGUAGGUGACAAGCCCUAAUAAGCCUUCCUGUUUGAUUGAUGAGUACAGUUCAGACCUGAAACCCAAGGAGGAUCUUUUGUUGCCUUUCCAUUACCUUGUCCUGAAUCUUGGAACCAGACCUUUAAUGUAUCUGGGCCAAGAAAGAGGAUGUAGGUCUGCAGAUCUGGACCCCAAUUACUCAUCCACAGAAGAUCAAUAAGGAAAAGAAAAGAAGAGAAACCUGAUCAGUCUUCUCCCUUGUUCCUGUAUACUCCUUGGAAUAGUGAUCUGGAAGGUUCCUUCAGUCUGUGCCACUGAAGUUUCUGAGAUGAGACAGGAAUGGACAGUGAUGAAUGCUUCUGAGGACAUCUGGGCAUGAGGCCAAAAAUGUGUCCUCCAUGUUACUUAACAUGCAAAAUGAGAACCGUGUCAGCCAAUCUAGGGCAUGAGAAGACAGUCUACAACUGGCCUACACAGGCUGUUAUGAAUAUUCAAAAUUGUACUGCCAUGGACUUAAUUUUUAACCAUGAUUGAGCUGAUUAGCAGACUUAAAGACCCUCACUGUAGCUGAUGGGAUAUAUAUGGUUUUGAGGCUGGGCAUAUUCCAAGAGCCUUUGAAAUGAACUCAAGUUGUUUUUCAAACAGAAUAAAUUUCUUUGGUGAGUCUACUCAAAGGAGGGGAGAAAGGACAGUUUUGUCAAAGAAUGCCUUUGAU